GGUCCCCUGGCGGGUGGGGGGCUGUCAAGGCGCCGCCCCAAUCCCCGGGGUCGGUUCGGUCGCUGGUGCGACCCUUGGUUCGGGCCCGGAGGACUGGAGGGCAGGGCGGGUGUCACGCGUUGACCAACGCCUCCGUCACACUCCCCCACCCCCGCCUCCGCUCUUCCGUCGUCGGCCGAACCUGGCGGUUGGAGCUGCCGAGGCCCGGCCACGGGAGAGGACCCGCCAGCACCAGGGCCCCUGGUCUCAGUGCCCCCUCCCCGGCCGGCAUCGCCCGCGCCGGGUCCGGGCACCAGCCGAGGGGUAGGCUGCCGGCCCAAAUGUGGCGAGCGGGCCCCACGGGAGACGUGCGGAGCAGCCGUGAAGAUGGCCUAUGCGACCCUUUAUUUGUCCCAUUUUGUAACUCUGUGUGUCACAUCGGGUUGUCUGAAAAGUGGAGGCAUUGCUGUUCAUCUUGGAUGUCGCAGAUGCGCCCACUCCUCCGCCUCUGAUGCAGAAUUCGACGCUGUGGUUGGCUACUUGGAGGGCAUUAUCAUGGAUGACGAGUUCCAGUUAUUACAGAGAAAUUUCAUGGACAAGUACUACCAGGAAUUUGAAGACACAGAAGAGAAUAAACUCAUCUACACGCCUAUUUUUAACGAAUAUAUUUCUUUAGUGGAAAAGUACAUCGAAGAACAGCUACUGGAGCGGAUUCCUGGCUUCAACAUGGCGGCCUUCACGACAACCUUACAGCACCACAAAGAUGAGGUGGCCGGUGACAUAUUCGACAUGCUGCUCACGUUUACCGAUUUUCUGGCUUUUAAAGAAAUGUUUUUGGACUACAGAGCAGAAAAAGAAGGCCGGGGACUGGACUUAAGCAGUGGUCUCGUGGUGACGUCACUGUGCAAGUCAUCCUCCCUGCCCACUUCCCAGAACCACCUGCGGCACUAGGUCCCCUCCAGCAACGAGAUUGUUCAACAUCAGCCCAGGGCACGGGAGAGGCGUCAGCUACAGCUAGCGACAGGAUAGAUCUUGGGGAGACCGGCUCUGUUCCGCAAUCCUUCGUUAACAUCAAGUAUUGAUGGAGGAAAAAAAAUGGUAUGACCCUCCUGAGACCCGUUUCUUCAGAAAACCCUUGUGUUCAGUAACCCUAGUGCUCCUCCCUCGGUGGGCAUCUCUCUCGGGGGCUUGAGUCAGCGCCUGUGGAUGAGUCCACGUCCAGCAUUCCACCUGGGGGCUUGCUUCCCCCGCACACGUGUUGGGGUGUCGCACCCAUGGGUUUCCCUGGUUGGGAGCAUUUAUCUAGGGUGUUCCUCAAGCUGCUGCCGGACUUGAAACUUCUGGAGCUCCUAUCACCACCGAGGGUCUUGGCUGUCAGAGUCACCGAGAGAGAUGUCCUUUACCUAAAAGCUACCUGUCCGAGUCAGCGCCUAGUCUCACAUCCGCAGUCCCUGUCCCCAUGUCACUGUCUUCUGGUCCUGAUGUAGCCCCCGUUUCCAGAACUCUCCCUUAAGCAUUUUUGAAAAAACGAUUUUUAUAGUUAAAUGCUCAGGCUGACCUAGUGGAUAUAAUCUUGGAAGUUCCACGAUUACCCACUUCAAGGUCAAAGUAUUAUAUGCUUUUUAGUUGUUAGUGCCCCGAACGCGGAGGCUCCGUUGGCGCCGCGAGUGUGUGCUUCCGCGGAAGUGGGUCAGGUCCCCUUUGCUCAGCAUGUGUGUUCGUGCAGGCUCGCGCCAGCUUUUUCUGUGUAAACCGCGUGGUUAGGUUUUCUGUUGGAACAGAGGGUCUGCAAUGCUUUCCUGUCAAAACCUUCCCACCAGCGCAGUGUCUGCUGGUUAGCUCAGCUCCCGGUGUGCACCUUAGAUGUUUUUGAAAAUAAAAAUAAGACUCUGUACUGACUUCAUGUGGCUGUUCUGGUUUUAAAGGAUGAGCUGUACAGAGGCUGUGUGUUUUCUGUACUGAUGUGGCGCUCGUUAAGUGCUUUUGUAUCGUUAAGUAAAAUUGAGGUGUUUUGCAAGAACCAA